GCGUCCAAAAUGUGCAGGCCGGGAGAUUGCACCCCGUAUCAGAGCCGCACAUAAGGAGUCAGCUUACAGAAGAUAGGCAGAGUUCACCAUUAACACCAGGCAUUCGCAGACGAUUCGCACACCACAGAAACCAUUUUGCGACAGCCGAAGAAGCAGUGCACUAUCACAACAUAUACUUCAAGAUGCGCACAGCCACCAUCCUCGCCGUCGCGGCCUCAACCCUUGCCUCAGCCUCCCCAUUCGAAGACGUCGCACCACCAGUCAAUUCCCAAUACGACGUCACAAAGUUCGUCUACGGCUGCUCGGCAGGCUGCCACUGGUCCUUCAACGUGACCGUUGAAGGAGAAUACAAGAACCACCCCGAACUCCAAACCCCGGUAACAUGCUCAGGCGGCCUGGAUGAGAACCAGGACUACAAGAAAUGUGACGGAGCUCCCAGCGAGACGCAAGAGGUGGCGGCGUACAUCGACAAAGCCACCAACCUGCUGAAGGUGCGGUAUACUGUGAAGAACCUCGAGGAGCACAACACGUACAAGUUCUAUGGAGAUAAGAGGGUGUAUGCCUCUACGAGUGCCGACGCGAAGUUGCAGCAGGAGGAUUUCGCUGUGCCGGAGAGCGUGGCUGGAGCAUGAGUGUGGGUGUAUGGCGCGCGACAGCACAUCAUGUGUAUAUCAGUGUAAUGUAACGUUCAUAGAAGUGUUUGGCUACUUCGACCCAUGUUCCUUCAAGUCGUCGCGACAGAGCCCACGAAUGCACCAACCAUGGGCAUCUGGGGUCGUGGUUCAAGGUCUCACUCGUAGUAUUUUCAAAGGCUUUGGAAAAUCAG